UCCAUUCUUCUAAGAAUAUCUGGCAACCUUCUCAUCCGCCACCGUCACAACAAGCGCAAACGCUGCUGGGUGACUCGUCGUGAUGGUGGACUGCAUCUAUAAGCCCCUUUUAAAGGACGACGGCGGCGGACAGGUAGAUGUUUCGGUCUGACUGCGCUUUAACUGCGUUGUGGGGUCGCCAAGCGAUGCCGCGUUCAAGGACAGCGGUCUUAUAGCGGAAAAGAGGCUGGAUAGAGACGUUCGGGAUCACCUGUGAAAACAUGGCAGUGUCCCUAACCCAAGCCUGUCGGAGUCUUGCCCUGUCUACGUGGCUCCUGUCGUUUUGCUUUGUGCAUUUGCUGUGUCUGGACUUCACAGUGGCAGAGAAGGAGGAGUGGUACACCGCCUUUGUCAACAUCACUUACCUGGAUCCGGUCACGUCUGAGAUAAAGACAGACAAGAGUGAAUGUGGCAGAUAUGGGGAGCACUCCCCUAAGAGAGACGCAAGGGGCUUUGUGUUCAUGCCUUCUCUUGUGCAGGACAGGCAGGUGUGUGACGGUAACGCCAAGUUCCCCCUUCCCCAUCCCAGCAUCCCAUGGAUAGCGCUCAUAGCCAAAGGAAACUGCACCUACAGGGAGAAGAUCAGGCAUGCUGCUGCUCUCAAUGCAUCCGCCGUGGUCAUUUUCAACGUGGGCUCCAGCAACUCCAAUGAGACCAUUACCAUGCCGCAUCAAGGCACCGGCGACGUGGUGGUGAUCAUGAUCCCCGAACCCAAAGGGCGUGAGAUGGUGGCCCUGCUGGAGAAGAACAUAACCGUGGCCAUGCACAUCAGCAUCGGCACACGCAACCUGCAGAAGUACGUCAGCCGCACCUCCGUGGUGUUCGUCUCCAUCUCCUUCAUCGUGCUGAUGAUCAUCUCUCUGGCCUGGCUCGUCUUCUACUACAUCCAGCGCUUCCGCUACGCCAACGCCCGCGACCGCAACCAGAGGCGAUUGGGAGACGCUGCAAAAAAGGCCAUAAGCAAGUUGCAAGUGCGGACCAUCAGGAAGGGAGACAAGGAAACCGAGUCGGACUUUGAUAACUGCGCCGUGUGUAUCGAAGACUACAAACCUAACGAUGUUGUCAGGAUACUGCCGUGUCGUCAUGUCUUCCAUAAGAAUUGCGUGGACCCGUGGUUACAGGACCACAGAACCUGUCCCAUGUGCAAAAUGAACAUCCUUAAGGCCCUGGGCAUCCCACCCAAUACAGACUGUUCUGAUGACAUCCCUCCCGAUUACGAGAUGUCCACCAACCCUGUGACGGGCGCCAGUGACGUCUCGGUGGGCGAGAGCUCGGUGGUCCUGGACCCGGCUGUCAGAACGAUAGGCCUGUCGCACGUUUACCACGAGACGGACGUCUUCCCGCAGGCUGGAGAGAGCCGUCACAUCGCCAGCAGUGAGUAUAGAUGAAGCGGCAUGUGAGAAAACAGAGGGAAAGGUGAGCACCAGCCGUCCAUGAGCACCGACUCGGACACCUCGCUCAUCAUGCCCGUGGAGCUCGUCCUGUCCGGCGCCGACCCGCAGUCCGACCCAGAACAGGACGACGCCAAGUCUUGAGGUGAUUUUUAAAAGAACGCAUCAAUGCCACCUCCUUCUCGCUGGCUGUGUUGCACUCAACGUCUUCUGUCUCAAGCUUGUGUUACCGGACCGGAAAAGCCACACGGAUGGGUUUUUUUGGGGAAAAUUUUGGCUGUUUCAACUCCCCUAUGGGAUCACUGCCAGUAUACACCGGGAUAUAUGAAUAUGUGUCACGCAUUACUGAAUGUGCGCUACAUUUGCUUCGAGUGUCUAAAGCGUGCGCUCUAACCGGUGUCCGAUGCUCCUUGUGAGGAAUCACCGGGGCUUGUCACACGCAUCUCCUCAAACGAGACGGUGCACCUGAUGAGUGCUUCGCAGGGCUAAGGCUCCAGGCCACAUGCACACUGCUAAAUACACUGACCGCUGCAUUCAAAUCCUAAAUGUCCACGCCGUGUUCAAAGCUGCGCGCGUGUCAUGUAUAGCUUGGAAGUCAAGCACAAUGUGGAAUGCCGAAAAAAUGCAAACUAUUAUUGAUGCACCGAAAUUAAUUAUUUACACAACGCCUCAAACCCAGUUUGGAUUUAGUUGAAAACUGAACGCUGAACGUUUACAUAAUAAUCAACUGAAUUUAUUAAAGGGAUAGCCCCUUGAGAUCUCAUUUUUUUUAAGGGGUCCUGAUUUUUCUUUUCUUUUUUGAUUAUUAAAAUAAUUCAUUUAGAAUCCUAUUAAUCAUUUAAACUAAUGUAAUUAAUAUUCAGUAGUCAAAUAAAAGCAACACAUGUGGUAUUUUUACAUACAUUUGUAUUGUAUAAUUACAUUUUAUUACUGCGCCUGCAUUGUCAAAAUACACAAAUCUGAAAGCACAACAUGAAGUAAUUAUUUUAUAUGAAUUUUAUGAGAAUAGCACAAUACCAUCCUCGCAAUCACUUUCUAUUAAAUGACCUAUUUUUUGUAUAUAUAUCUGUCGGCACAUAUUUGACCUUUAAGGUAUUUCUAUAUUUAAUCAAUGAGCAUUUUUAUUCAUAUAAGACUAUGGAUGGCACUCUGUUUUUCACAUGCUGUAUUUAUAAACAUUCGUCUGCUCUUUAGAGUUCAGUUCUGAAUCUAAACCCCAUGAUUCAUACGCCUGAUUCUCUUCCUAAACCCCGCAGUGUGCAUGUGGCCUUGUUUCUAAUGUUCCUAACGCUCUCCAGAGGCUGCUUCUGCUUUUUGAGAGGAGUUGUUGGUUCGGAUUUAAAUGUAAAGAAGGGUUAACCGUUUUCUAGCAUCUAGGAUUUCUCCAUUGUGUUCCCAGACAUGAAGCUAAAGCUAAAGUGGGUGUUUAUUGCAACACCGAACAGAAAUUGCAGUCCCAACGAUGGACGACGACCAAAUAAACGACAAAGAUUGUGCUUUUAUCUCUGAGAUCGCACGUGCACCUUUUACAGGACGCUAGUGAAGGAUGAAGGUUAGCGUGCGGCUAGCAGGCCUGUUCGAUAUGACCGUCUGCUUUUAAUCGUGCACAACGGCAAGGUUUUGAUAACAAAGGGUUUAUUUUUCUAAAAAAGAUAAAAGCCAAAAACAAAGGAAGGACGCAUAUGAAGAUAAACCACACCCCUUUUUAGAUAUUUCAGUUGUAUUAUUCUAAUUAUGAUCGUAAUUUAACUCCGGCGUGUAGAAAUAGUGAUCACACGUAGCUCGUCAGAGCUGAAUACAGGCUUACGGCGUGUCUUUCAACUUUGAAUAUUUCUUAUUUUUAAAAAUGCAUUCAUUAAAAUUAAGUUAUUUGUCGUUUGCGAUGUUUAAAUGGUUUCGCUUCAGUCAGGCUUGUCUCAAAACGCACUUGCCCGGUUGAAGUCGCUCUUACCCAGAAUGCACUGCGGCGGCGGGACGGGCGAGGAAUGUUCAGCACGCUGUUGGUUAUGUUUGCGCUGGAAAGCGCUGGGGUCUGUGAUCCUGAUAUUCGUGUUUAACGUAAAGGACGCUGGUUCCAGCUCAUCGAGGAAACGUUAUUAUUCUUUCGAAGAGAGUCAAGCCAAAUGAAAUGGCGUUGAACGCAAACAAACAAACAUUCACAUCUGUCAGCCAAAAAGCACAUGAGAUUUCCCUGAGGUCUGCAGAUUUUAUUGUCACUUGGGUCUAGCGUGAUUUUCUUUUCUUUUCGUUUUUUUUUCAAGAUUAUAUGAUAAAGCACUUUUGAUUCGGCUCUUAUUUAAUCGUCGUAACUAUAUGACGCUGGGCUGCAUUCAUCGAAAUCUUAAGAAAAAACUAAAUCUGAGGAGUUUGUCGGAAUGAAAGACGUGCAGUUCUUGAGGAAAAAGCCCCGCGUGCUAAUAAUACAUUUAAAAAAGUUCAUUAGAAAAAGUGCCAAGUUCUUACAAAAGGAAAUCAAAAAGUGAAAAUGAGAAAGUUUAAGCGUGCAGUUCUUGAAACGAUUUACAAAAAUGAUUCAUAAGGAUGUGCGUUUCUUAAAAAAUGAACAAGAAUUUUAAGAAGUGCAUAAGUGUUGGAAAACUUCCAAGGAUAAAUAUUAAGUUGAGAACGCUGAAAAACUCAAAUCUUGAAAAAACGAUGAAAAUUCAAAUGAUAAAUUCUAAGACAUUCGAAUAACUGUGUUUGAAAAAUGUGCAAUUAUUAAAAAAAUUGCAAACGGUUGAUUACCAUGUUUUUUUACGGAUGUUGUUCUUAUCUGAAAAAGCACACACAAUAUUGUCCUUACCACAGGCUCGAGUGCAGGCGUUGCUUUGAACGGUUUUGGGCAUUACAACAUAUUCAAAAGGUUUUUUCUUAAGAUUUUCUAAGUGAAUUGAGCCCAUUGUGUUUUCAUCCGUCUGGACUGUCUUGGAAUAAUUUUGUGAAUCCUUUGAAUUGGUCAUAUCUUGCAUUUGAUAUUUAUUUUUGGGGAAGUUCAUUUGCAGUAUUUCCGUGCUGUGCCUUUAAGACGAUGUAAACACCCUCUUCAUGCAGAACCAUGAGUAUUUGGAUGGAUUCAUCAAAAAGCAUUGAGAUCUUCAUUUUGGUCUGUGUGUCUGUCUGUCUGUGUGUCUGUGUGUGUGUGUGUGUCUGUGUGUGUGUGUCUGUGUGUGUGUCUGUGUGUGUGUGUGUGUGUGUCUGUCUGUGUGUGUCUGUGUGUGUGUGUGUGUCUGUGUGUGUCUGUGUGUGUCUGUGUGUGUGUCUGUGUGUGUGUCUGUGUGUGUGUGUGUGCACGCUCCGAUGUAUCAAGCACAUGCUGUAUAUGAGACGACUAGACCCUAUAUUGUACAGGCACAUGAUCUCAAUAGCAUUUGAAUGACAACCUCCCUGAAUUUGCACCAGAUGUCUUUGUGAAUGUGGUUUCUGCAGUACGUUUUCCAGUGCAACAAACUUACAGUUGUAAUAAAUGUUUACUCGCCGCUCUCCUAAACACCAGAUCUGAUGUUAAAAGCCGGCCGAAGCUCUCCUCAACCGCCUGGCUUCACCCGUUGCACAAUUUCCCAGUAUUUUACCACUUCCAUGUUUUACAAGUCAGAGGAAAUGCAUUCUUGUUUCCUGUUUGUGGCCAGUUAAACAUGCUCGAGCGCUUCAUCUGUUUGAACAUUGAAAGAUGAAGAUGCCCUUUUCUCUCUGUGUGGUUUGUUUAUAAUAGUUCUAAUGCUGUUAUAAUAGUUACGUGCUACACCAUUAUAAAUCAUUGCAUGUCCAAGAUUGCGAGGGGCAAUAAAUUUCAUUGGAGGUUUUUCAGCCGCCACUUUGCCCAUUAUUUAUGUGCUUAUUUUUAUUAUUAUUUAUGUUUAAUUUAUUUAGAGUUGUAAGUAUUUGACAAGGAAACACCAAAAUGCUUGGGCUCUGUCUUAUUAUAACUUUUCAUGAAAGAAUCCAGGAGAGAAAAAAAAAAGUCAUGGUUUCAAUGAAAACAUGAAUCAGCGUGACUGUUAUAAAUGCUGAUAAUAAUCAUAAAUGUUUCUUGAGCAGCACUUCAGCAAUGAUGCUGAAAAUUCAGCGUCGUAUCACAGCAAUAAAUUACAUUUUACAAUAUAUUAAAGUAGGAAACUUUUUUUUGUACUGUAAUAAUAUUUUACUGUUUUUACUGUAGCUUUGCUAAAAUAAAUGCAGACUUCUGUAAUGUAUAAAAAGCACCGGUGCAAUAUUUCAUCAAACGUGUGAAGUCGGAUGGUUUUACUUCUCUAUUAAAUGCACAUUUUUAAAGAA